AUGUCAUGUUCAAAGGAAGAAAUUGAAAAAGAAUUUCAGAAAUUAUGUGAAAUUAAAAAAAAAGUAAAAAAUGAAGAUAUAAUGUUAUUUAUGAGUUUUUGUUCACUUACAUUUGGUAAUAUUGAAGAAAUUAUUGAAAGAGAAACUACUAGAGAAGAAAAAGAUUUUUUGUUAAAAAUUAUAACAGUGGUCCAAAAAAUCCUUAAGAUAUUAUAUCAUAUAAUCGAAAAAUUAUGGAAAUGUUUAUU